AUGGCCGACGCGCUUGCUGCACAACUCGGCAAUUCUAAGCUGGAAGGAACCUCAGAGCAAAGACUGCAGGACACAUUGAAACUCCCACCUAAAGAUGCUCGCCCACAAACUGAGGAUGUCACUGCUACAAAAGGCCUCGAGUUCGAGGACUUUUACAUCAAACGUGAACUUAUGAUGGGCAUUUUUGAGGCUGGAUUUGAAAAGCCCUCCCCUAUCCAAGAAGAGACGAUACCAGUUGCCCUCACAGGUAGAGACAUCUUGGCUCGAGCUAAGAACGGCACUGGAAAGACCGCUGCUUUUGUUAUCCCCACACUCGAGCGCAUUAACCCCAAAAGUACAAAGACCCAGGCCUUGAUCCUGGUCCCCACACGAGAGCUCGCCCUCCAGACAUCACAGGUCUGCAAGACCCUAGGCAAACACCUCGGUAUCAAUGUUAUGGUUACCACUGGUGGAACGGGUUUGAUGGACGACAUUAUUCGGUUGAAUGACCCUGUUCACAUUCUUGUGGGAACCCCCGGACGGGUGCUGGAUUUGGCUAGCAAAGGUGUCGCCGACUUGGCCGAAUGCCCGACUUUUGUGAUGGACGAAGCAGACAAAUUGCUGUCUCCUGAGUUUACUCCUGUCAUUGAGCAACUUAUGUCCUUCCACCCCAAGGAUCGCCAAGUCAUGCUCUUCAGUGCCACUUUCCCUUUGAUUGUCAAGUCAUUCAAGGACAAACAUAUGCGCAACCCUUAUGAGAUCAACCUUAUGGAUGAACUUACCCUACGCGGUAUCACCCAGUACUAUGCUUUUGUCGAGGAGAAGCAGAAGGUUCACUGCUUGAACACUCUUUUCUCCAAGCUUCAAAUCAACCAGUCGAUCAUUUUCUGCAACUCAACCAAUCGGGUUGAGCUUCUGGCCAAAAAAAUCACCGAACUCGGCUAUUCGUGCUUUUAUUCUCAUGCUCGGAUGCUUCAACAGCACCGUAACCGAGUCUUCCAUGACUUCCGCAACGGCGUAUGCCGCAACUUGGUUUGCUCUGACCUGUUGACUCGCGGUAUCGACAUUCAAGCAGUCAACGUUGUGAUCAACUUUGAUUUCCCGAAGAACGCGGAGACCUAUCUUCACCGUAUCGGUCGUUCAGGUCGUUUCGGACACUUGGGACUCGCCAUUAACCUCAUCAACUGGGAGGAUCGGUUCAAUCUGUACAAGAUUGAGCAAGAACUGGGCACCGAAAUCCAGCCAAUCCCUCAGAAUAUUGACAAGAAGCUUUAUGUCUAUGAUUCUCCCGAGAACAUCCCUCGGCCGAUAUCCAACCCUCUACCCCAGACUGGAGCUGGAUCCGUGAACAUGAACGGAGACCGUCAACCUCGCCGGAACAAUCACAAUGGCCAACCGCAAAUCCAACAGCACGGUCAACAGCACGGUCAACAGCACGGUCAACAGCACGGUCAACAGCACGGUCAACAGCACGGUCAACAGCACGGUCAACAGCAAGGUGGACAACAUGGCCAAUACUACAAUAAUCGGGGACGCAGUUCUUACCGUGGUCGUGGACAGGGUCAACGUCGUGGGGCACAAAAUGACGCCAACCGGAUCGCCUUCGGUCAACCAAAUCCGGGACAAUCCCAAGCGCCCAUCUCUUAG